CAGACCCCGCCUUUAGUAGUCGGGGGUUCCUCCCCAUCCAACCUUCAUUCAUUCUGCAUCUAGUGGGUUCUGGGACAUGAGGGUGAAUCAGACCCCUUCCUGCCCUCGGGGAGUUGAGGGGAUGGUGGGAGGAUACGGACCUAGACUCCAACAGUGACAACCUAGAGCAGUAAAGAAGCCGCUGAAGCAGUGGGACUCUGAUGCUGGGAAGGCUUCCCGGAGGAGGUGAGGCCUGAAGAAUGGUUAAGGGUUUGCUCCAGGGAUACCUUACGAGGGCAUUCUUGGCGGAAGGACCUGAGACGUGAAGAAACAGGCGUAUUCUGGUAAUUGCAAGGAGAUAGAGACUUAAUAGCAUGUGUUUAUGCUGAUGGAAAGAAUCCAGUAGAGAGGAAGAGAUUGAUGACGUAGGAGAAAGGAGAAAUGCUGGAACUGAGUCCAUGAGCAGAGAUCGACAGUGUGGGGAAUUGGAGUGGCCCAGCUGGAUGUGACCCCCAGGACAGAAUGGUGUUGGACUCGGGGGCUCAAGCAUAUGAGCAGGCACCUCCCAGCCCGCCUGCCAGUCCCUUGUCCCUGCAUCAUAGGCUGGAGCCCUCAGACCAAGAUGGGUCACCGCUAUACCCCUGGCCUCAGUCCCUGGCCUUGCCCCUGGCUCUGGCAGUCCCCUCAGCACUGCAGCCCCAGCGUGAGCGGCAGUCCUUCUCACAGCUGCGCUUGGGCCACCGUGGCCACAUGCGUCGCAGUGAGAGCACCUAUACUGUAAAUAGUACUGGCCGACGGGGGCGUGGCACCCAGGGACAGGCUCCACCUGGACUGGGACGGAACCCAGGUAGGGGCACCCUGCGUCCUGCAGCCUCCCUGCCUCACAUAGCCAAGACUCAAAGGGAUGCAGGCCAUGGUGCCAGCAAGAGCCCUUGCAUGUUGGUGGCCCUUCGGCCAACCAACAUGGACCAUGAACGGGACAAAUUCUUCCAGUCCCAUUACACCUACAACCCACAGUUCAAGUAUCAGGAGCCCAUGCCCACAGCUGUGCUGGAGAAGUACCGUGAAGCCUCUGGACAGUUCAUCCAUCAGGCAGUUGGCAUCAUUGAGGCUGUCCUGGAGAAGUUUGGCACCUAUGAACACUUUGAGGCUGCUACUGGAGGUCAGCUGCUGACCAAGUGCCAGAUUUGGUCCAUUGUGCGCAAAUACAUGCAGAAGGAGGGCUGCGUUGGGGAGGUUGUGGUGCAGCUGAGUGAGGACCUGCUGUCCCAGGCAGUGAUGAUGGUGGAGAACAGCCGACCCACAUUGGCCAUCAAUCUGACUGGAGCCCGCCAGUAUUGGUUGGAGGGCAUGCUACGGCACGAGAUAGGUACCCACUACCUGCGGGGCGUGAACAACGCGCGGCAGCCAUGGCACAGCGCAGAAGGCCGGCUGCGAUAUGGGCUGCGUCCAGCCAACCCUACAGAGGAGGGCCUGGCCAGCCUGCACAGCGUGCUGUUCCGCAAGCAGCCCUUCCUGUGGCGCGCCGCACUGCUCUACUACACCAUCCACCGUGCCGCAUGCAUGUCUUUCCGCCAGCUCUUCCAGGACCUGGCGCGCUAUGUGCAGGACGCCGAUGUGCGCUGGGAGUACUGCGUGCGCGCCAAGCGCGGCCAGACAGACACCUCGCUGCCAGGCUGUUUCAGCAAGGACCAGGUGUAUCUGGACGGCAUCGUGCGCAUUCUGCGACACCGCCAGACCAUUGACUUUCCACUGCUGGCCUCGCUGGGCAAGGUAUCCUAUGAGGAUGUAGACCACCUGCGGCCCCAUGGGGUGCUGGAUAAUACCCGGGUACCCCACUUCAUGCAGGACUUGGCACGCUACCGGAAACAGCUAGAGCACAUCAUGGCCACCAACCGGCUGGAUGAGGCAGAGCUGGGCCGCCUGCUGCCCGACUGAUGUUGGUAGAGAGCUACAGGCUGAGGCCCUAGACAGGGCUCCAGAUCAGCCCCCAGAACAUGAAGCUGUCGACUCUGUGCUUCUUGGUUAUUUCUUAGGGACAUAGGGAGGGCAGGAGCAUUCUGAGAGGAGUGCAAUGUUAGGUUUGUGUCCCUUGCUAGCCUCCAUUGGGCCUAGGGACCAGCAGCAACAUGUCAGGCAAACUGAAUCACUCUCCAGCUUCCAGCUUUCUGUUGAGCAGAGGGGAGGCCUGGGGGCAGAGAAGAGCUUAGCAUUGAUGGGUAUGGGGGGGUGGUUUGGGAGUAGAGACUUGUUCUUGCAUGA